CCUGACUGAAUUGAAAUCAGAUGGCUAUGAGGAAGUCACCAGUGAAAUGACUGCCAUGAGUGAAUGGACAGCAGUAUCCUCCAAAGGACUCUCCAGUGCAAACUGUGACUCAAGUGAGUUGAAAAGAGUAACCUGUGUUAAAGCGCCCAAGGAAAGUAUAAGGGAACGACUCUCCAGGUUCCAUGAUGAUGCUGAUGAAGACAUUGGCUUUCUCAAUUCAUAUGACAUGAUUAAGAGAAUUGUGUACUCACUUGUAUCAUCACUCACAUUCAGAAUAUUUGGAAUUUUGCUUAUCUUUGUGGAUAUGUCCCUCGUCAUUACAGACCUGCUUGUCACUAAAAACGCAAUAUAUAUUCCUGCGGAAAUUCAUUUAAUUUCUUUAGCUAUUUCUUUAUUUUUUGUCUUGGAUGUUCUUCUUCGAGUAUAUGUAGAAGGGAUACGACUGUAUUUUUCUGAUAUACUUAACUGCUUAGAUGCUGUCAUCAUUGUAGUGACUCUACUGGCUGAUAUAAUUUAUAUGUUUUAUGACCUUAAGGUUCUUAAAGAUAUCCCCAGAUUGGCAAUUUUAUUUCAAUCUCUACGACUUAUUAUUCUGAUAAGAGUUUUCCAUCUGGCUCAUCAAAAGAAACAUCUUGAAAUGCUGGCCAGAAGGCUGGUUUCAGAAAACAAACGGCGAUACAAGAAGGAUGGAUUUGACUUAGACCUCACCUAUGUUACUGAGCGUAUUAUUGCCAUGUCAUUCCCAUCUUCUGGACAGCAGUCUUUCUAUAGGAAUCCCAUUAAGGAAGUUGUGCGGUUCCUGGAUACCAAACAUCAAGACCACUAUCAAGUCUAUAAUCUAUGCAGUGAAAGAGACUAUGAUCCUAAGUACUUCCAUUACAGGGUCCGGAGAAUCAUGAUUGAUGAUCACAAUGUCCCCACACUAAGUGAGAUGUUGGCAUUCACCAAAGAAGUAGAUGAGUGGAUGGCUCAAGAUGACGAAAACAUCAUAGCAAUUCACUGUAAGGGAGGCAAAGGAAGAACUGGAACGAUGGCUUGUGCCUGCCUUAUUGCCAGUGAAAUAUUUACAACUGCAGAGGACAGCCUUUAUUAUUUUGGAGAACGGCGAACAGAUAAAAGCACCAGCACUAAAUAUCAGGGAGUUGAGACUCCUUCUCAGAGUAGAUAUGUUGGAUAUUUUGCGGAUGUGAAAAAUAUCUACAACUUGAAUCUCCCUGCCAGAAAAACACUCAAGAUAAAAAAAAUCGUUAUUUAUUCAAUUCACGGUGUUGGAAAAGGCAAUGGAAAUGAUCUAAAAGUACAAAUAAUAUUGCACCGCAAAAUCGUCUUUUUAAGUUCUGCUUCCAAAAAUUGUUGGAUACUUCACGAUAUUGAAACAGACAACGUAAUAAUUCAUUUAUCCAGCUGUCCACCUCUGUAUGAUGAUGUGAAAGUACGGUUUCUCUCUUCCUCAGUUCUUCCUAAAUACUAUGACAACUGCCCAUUUUUCUUCUGGUUCCAUACAUCUUUUAUACAAAAUAACAGGCUUUAUCUUUCAAGAAAUGAAUUGGAUAAUCCCCAUAAACCAAAAACAUGGAAAAUUUACCGUCCAGAGUUUGCAGUCGAGGUAUUUUUUGAUGAGGUCGUAGCUGGUACCUAAUUAAGCGUAGUUCCCUUUCUCGGACAGAAUCAUGUUCCUCACAAUCCCUGCCACAUAUUUGUAGCUUCUAAACCUCCUUCCUUGCUGGUAUACUUAUAUUUACAUUCAUGUACAUAUGUUUUUGCCAAACCUAUUAAAUA